AUGGUAACCAUUCGAGCGGAUGAAAUUAGUAAUAUUAUUCGGGAACGUAUUGAGCAAUAUAAUAGAGAAGUAAAGGUUGUAAAUACCGAUACCGUACUUCAAGUAGGCGACGGCAUUGCCCGUAUUUAUGGUCUUGAUGAAGUAAUGUCGGGUGAAUUAGUAGAAUUUAAAGAGGGUACAAUAGGCAUUGCUUUGAAUUUGGAAUCAAAUAAUGUCGGUGUUGUAUUAAUGGGUGGUGGUUUGAUGAUCCAAGAAGGAAGUUCUGUAAAAGCAACAGGAAGAAUUGCUCAGAUACCCGUAAGCGAGAAAAAGAAUACUAAUGCUAUUGAUUCCAAUAUGUAA